UUUCUUUCUUUGAUUUUUCAGGUUGAGUUGGGAAAAGGCAGGAAUAUUACAAUUGUAACUGUACCAAGUGCCACCCGCUGGCAAGAUGUUGUUCUUGGCAGGAUGAAAUGGGCUACCCUCACAAUUGAAAAGACGAUAAAUAAAGAGGCAGAUUACCUGUUUAUGAUGGACAUAGACAGCGUCUUCCACAACCGAUUUGGAGCGGAGUCUCUCAGUCGUCUUUCAGCUGUACUUCAUCGUGGCUACUACAAGAACACACCAAGGGACAGAUUUCCUUACGAGCGUCGGCCACUAUCCAAAGCCUACAUACCUGCUGGGGCAGGAGACUACUACUACACGGCAGCUGUCUGGGGUGGAUACCUGGAGGAUAUGUACAAGCUUGUCAAGUAAGAUAAUUGCAAAUGACAUUUGCCUUUAAAAUCGAGUUUAUCGAAACUCUUUCAUUGCAGAGGUGUUGAGACAAAGACAUAAAACUUAAGAUAAAAUUAUUUGUUACAGCCCUGUAUCCCCAAUUACCAAAAAAGUGCAGCAAGCUCUCAUCAGAAAUGAGGAAAAAAAAUGAGCAAAAAU